AGAGUUGGAGAUGGUUAAUUCUAUGAGUCUUUAUUCACCUCUCCAAAGAAAAAAGAAGGUUGCAUUUGAAUUGAAACUUCAGUUCUCUCCAGUUAUCUGUGUUGCGAUAAGUAGCACAUAUUUAGCCUCUCCACGAAAACGCUAAAAGGAACAGCGGAGGGCUUCUUUGAUGGGAUUUAUUGCCAGUGAAAGCUGCAGGUCUUUUGAACGUAGCUGUCAGUCAAUACCACAGGGACCUCCCCCAUCUCCAUCCCCACUCACACACACAGCCCCUCCUCACACACACACACACACGCUGGCAGCUGGGUGUGUAUAAAUAGAUCCAGGAGGUUAGAUUUGCCACUCAAACCCGAAUAGCUGGGACGCAGGAAAGAUGCCCGCAUCGCAAACUGGAUUUGGCAACUUCUUCUUGGAGAGAAACAUCAGCAUGCCGACUGGAUAUCAGAUCCCGGUGCUGGGUUGCCCGCCGGGCGUGCAACAGCAGCAGGCCCAGCAUCUGGCAGCGAUGGCAGCUGGGGUUCCCAUAACAUACUCAGGACUACAAGGAUACAACUUUAUCCCCUAUCCACACCACAGGCACAUCACACACAUGAACAACAGUUUCGACCUGAAGGCCGCCUCCCCCUACCAUCACGCGCUUCUUGCUCGCGGAGGACCUUUCUACCCGCCGUACCGUCCAGGAGCAGCCGAGGAUCCCGGCAGGGUCGCCAAGGUGGCCACUCGUGAGAGCACCGGGGCGCUGAAGGCCUGGCUGAACGAGCACCUGAAGAACCCGUAUCCGACUAAGGGCGAGAAAAUAAUGCUCGCCAUCAUCACCAAGAUGAGCCUCACGCAGGUUUCCACCUGGUUCGCCAACGCAAGGCGACGCCUGAAGAAGGAGAACAGAGUCAGCUGGGCUUCUAAGGGGAAAUCCGAUGAGGAGGACGAGGAGCAUGAGGGAGAGAGCGACGACGACGACGACGACAGCUCCCUGCAGAAAUGUCACUUGGACGAGAGGGACGAAGCAGAGCCUCAGAGCGAGCGCACAGACACGGAUGAGCAGGCAGAGAGCGCGUUGGACAGCUCGGCGGCUGUGGAUGCGCGUUUGGAGAUGCAGCCAAGCAGCGAGCACGAAGACGCAGAACUUGCACUUGUGAAGAAAGUUGAAAAGAGUGACUCUGACCACACGCCGUCCGCUUUGGAAAGUAAAGAAAACAUUGUGAGCCAGAAACCCAAAAUCUGGUCUUUGGCUGAGACCGCCACCUCGGAGACUGUGAAGAAACCUCUGGACAAUAUUUACCACCCUGCAGGGAAACUGUGGGCUGAAUGGGCUUCGAGAAACGCACUGUUCGUCCCAUCAUGUUACACCACGCAUGAAAUUGUCUAAGACAGACACGAAUCAGAGACACUGUCCACGUCUUUCUUUUUGCACUUUAAAACAUUCAGACCUCAGGGAUCUGUGCGAGAAUUCCUGAAGUUUGCAGUGAAAUGAAAAUCUGUUGGGAGACCAAAGACUUUUAACAUGUUAUUGUAAAUAAAUGUAGAUGUAUUUUUCCACCAUCAACCUGUAAAUUAUGUUUCCUUUGUCUUAAUCAUGAAGAAAUAUUUUUGCUUAAAUAAAAAGUUCAGCUUCUGAUGAAAU